AUGAGGGUAUCGAUAAUAUAUGCGACGGAGACAGGGGCUUCAGAGGUCGCCGCCUUUGAGACAUACCUCUUUUUUUACAAACGGGGACUCUCGGUGGAUGUUUAUAAUGCAAGUUCCAUUUCACUAUUGACACUCUUUUCCUAUGACUACACGAUAUUCUUCAUUCCAACAGCGGCAUUUGGUGAGUUCCCUCGCGGUAUCUCUCACGUUGUGGAGGCCAUAAUUGCGGUGAAACAUGUGCCAAUUUCUUACACAAUCUUUGGACUAGGUGACAGCAGAUAUCCACUCUACAAUUAUGCAGCGAGGAAGUUUCAAACAUUGCUCAACUCUGUUGGUGCCACUCUCUUUUUUCCAGUGGCUCUUGGAGAUGAUCAGCACCCGAUGGGAUACGAUGGCGAACUUGUAGUAUGGAGACAGGAUUUGCUUUCGCAUCUUGACCCUUCUGCUCCUACUGUGGACCGGAGAUGUUCAUACACUUUCCCAUACGCUGUAAGGUAUGUGCAAGGGGUAGUGGAUUCUGAAAAGGUAGAGUUUGCGGCAAAAUCUGGAACUAUAAAAGGAAACAGGGUCAUGACCUCGGAAACACACUUUAUGGACGUUCAUAGUGUAUGGGUACAGGGGGAGUUUGAGACUGGAGAUGUUUGUUGCAUUUAUCCAGAGGAUAAUAGCGCAAGAAAAAUGCUACAAGGGCUAAACUUUGAUCCAGACAUGUACAUAGUAUUGACAAAGUCCUCUCUAUUGAAUACGUUUUUUGGCGACUCCAUUGAUACAAUAUCAAGUAUAAGGAGCAAACCUAGUGGAUGGACGAUGCAGCUUUUCUAUAGAGCACCUUGGAUAAUGGGACCACGUGAAUUUAUGCAUCUACCAAAAAUACAACCUGUGCUCCCAUCAGUUACAACAUCCCUCCCACUAGGAGUCCCAAUUACUCUCUUGGAGCUCUUCACAAAGUAUUUGUGUUUGUCAAAUACUUGCACGCAAUUUCAAAUGCAGGUGAUGUCGUUUUAUACAAAUGAUAAGCUCCACAAGAGCAAACUUUUGGAAAUGUCUCAGGAUUCGGUACAGGGUAUACUUGAAUACUAUCGAUACUGUAAAAGGGAAAGAAGGAGCCUCUUUGAGGUUCUCUAUGAUUUCUCCUCUGUAUCUAUUCCAUUGGAUGUCUUAAUAAAUAUCGCAACUCCAAUGUAUCCGAGGUUAUACUCUAUUGCAUCUAGCAGGGAAUGUGGUCUGUCUCGUCCACUCAUCUCUUUAUUUCCCCUCCCAUCUAUCCAUAGAAUCCUCUUUGACCACCUAGUCAAAUAUGGCAAAGAUAUAGAGGCAGGAUUCGAACUAAUCGUGGCCAAGACAAAGUAUGAUACGCCUUCUGGGAGGGUAGCAGAUGGCUUAUGCUCCAACUACUUAGCAAACCUGAGGGUAGGCAGCAGCAUCAGCUACACCCUUUUGCGCUCCCAAUACUCAUCUCUUUUAGACAUUUCAAGGCCAGUGCUAUUUAUAUGCACAGGAACAGGGAUAUCGGCAUGCAAACCAUAUAUGGAGGCCAGAGCUGUAAAAUUUACAAGCAUGCAACAAAAAACUGGAGUACUCUCCAAGGUAAAAGAUUUAGCAUUCCUCGGAUUUAGGAGGCCGAAUCAGGACAAUUUGUAUGCCGAUGUUUCAUUGGUCCAAGGCAGAUGCAAAGUUCAUUAUGUUUUUUCAAGAAGUACUGGUAAAAAGUACUAUGUCCAAGACGCACUAUUGCGAGAAGCAAAGGAUGUCUGCAAGGUCAUUCUAUCAGGUGUCGUAAUGAUUAGCGGGAGAUCGCAUCCAAUGCCCGCAAGCGUACUGGAUGCAUUCCGUGCAAUUCUAAUGCAAGAAGCGAAUUUCGGCCAGGUAGCCGCAGACAAAUUUAUCUACUGCAGCCUCAAGGAAAAGAAGAUUAUAGUCGAUACUUGGGGAUAA